CAGAUGCGUAGCGGUUUUGCACUGUUGUCAACCACUUUACAACAUAAAAAUUGUAUUUGCGGUUUUCGUAUUUUUUUUCUUGAAAACCGCACUUCCUUAACAAGAAUUGUGAAUGGUAAAUGAAAUGCGGUUUUGUAAAUUCCGCGAUGAAAACCGCGAACCACAUGUCGCCAUUCUCAACCAAAGAAAUGUAUUCCGAAAAUUGCGGCCGCAUCUCUUCACUUCAUCAUUUCUUUUCGCAGGUGUACUAUUUCAUAUCUUUUCGCAAAAUUACUCAUUUUAUUUUAUAAUGCUAAGAGCAUCUCAUUAGUGAACCCCUUUUUGAGUUCAAAUUUAUAAUUUUUUAUUAUUAAUUUUUUUGUUUAAUUUAAAAAAAAAAUGAACAAAUUUUGGACCGCUACGUGUCGUGGAGCCCACGAAAUAGUGAUGAACCCGUCAGACACAGAUUCACUGGAAAGAGAUGAAAAGAGGCAGAUUCAUCACUAUUUAUUAUUUUAAUAAAUUUUUUUUUUGAAUCUUUGUAAACCUUCUAUAAGUUCACUAAUGGGAGUGCUCUAAUAGAUAAUGAUGUCAGUUGUACUAACUGAUGCUCUUACUACAUGAUUAUCAAAUUCAUUUGGGAGUGAUCUUAUCACGAAAUUCUGACAUGACAAUAAAUUAUCUAACAGUUAAAAGAAUCAUUUAAAACAGAAACACAACAAAAACGAGGUAAAAUGAGGUCUUUGUUCGUAUCCCGUUAAUAUUUAAGUAUCAGUAAAUUUGAAUGUGUAUUAAUAAUAUGAUAAUGACAGAAUGAAGAUUUAAGAUUUUGAUAAUAUGAAUGUAAGAAUGCGAUUAUAUUUUAUUCUUCUUGCGAGCGGAAAAGGUAUUAGUUUAUAAUCAACAUCCUACUUCUAUUCUAACAAAUUAUUUGCAACGAGUAAUCAAGAGCCAUUAUUAUAUAAGAACUUCACAAACUCAAGUAAACUCAGAAAGAUAAUCUAAACUAAAGAGAGCAAGACUUGGCCAUUUGAUCCAUUUAUCUAUAUGAUUAAUAAAUAGUAUAUCUCACUUGCUUUCGUUUAUAUUUCCGUCAAUACUUAAAUAUUAAUAUCGAUUAAUUUAUAUAUAUAUAUAUAUAUAUAUAUAUAUAUAUAUAUAUAUAUAUAUAUAUCUAUUUAUCUCUCAUCAACAUAUUGUAUGUAGAAGGGGAAGAUGUUCUUCGCAUCACCAAAAGUCAGCGUUUCUCUCUUCCUAAUGAACCUUCAUUCUUCUGCCCCUUUUCUCAAUAUUUUCUCAAGAAAAUCUCAAUUUGUAUCAAGAAAAUACUCAUAGACACGAUGCUAAAAUCAUAAUCUCAUCUUCUGAUUCCUGAUGAUUACAUUUUCUUGAUUUUCGCUAAAGAUUAUUUCGUAUAGCUGUAUAUAAUAUACACGAAGACACACUCAUCAUACAUAGAUAUUAUGUGCAGCGUCUUUGAGAUGGACAAUUAUCAAGGAGACUUAAGGGACAUCUUACGAGGAAUCGAUGGCGGGCACGUGUUAUCGCCCGAACUUGCUCCUUCUCCUCCGAGAAUCUGGCCCCUUCCACAACCAUCGUCGUCAGAUCUUCAUCCCAUAAAUCCCUUUGGAGAUCCAUUUGUGAGCAUGACUGAUCCUCUCCUCCAAGAACUCAACGCCGUCACAAACUCUGGCUAUUUCUCCACCGCCGACAACAAUAACAACAACUGUUUCUUAGUUCCUAAGGUAUUAGAGGAUGAUCAUAUAAAGAGUCAAUGCAGUGUCUUCCCAAGAAUCCGGAUCUCGCAUAGUAACAUCAUUAGCGAUUCCUCUCCGUGUAAUUCUCCGGUCAUGUCGGCUCACGUUUUCGCAGCCGCAGCUGCCGCCUCGCCGAGAGGGGUCAUCAACGUCGAUACAAACAGUCCUAGAAACUGUCUAUUAGUCGAUGGUAACACGUUCUCGUCUCAGAUUCAGAUAUCUUCCCCUCCGAAUCUAGGCCCUAAGAGAAGGAAGAGUCAGGCAAAGAAGGUGGUGUGUAUACCAGCGCCGGCUGCGAUGAACAGCCGCUCAAGCGGUGAAGUGGUUCCGUCUGAUCUGUGGGCUUGGCGUAAGUACGGUCAAAAACCCAUUAAAGGCUCUCCUUUUCCAAGGGGUUACUAUAGAUGCAGCAGCUCAAAAGGUUGUUCAGCAAGGAAGCAAGUCGAAAGAAGCCGAACCGAUCCAAACAUGUUGGUGAUUACAUAUACUGCCGAACAUAACCAUCCUUGGCCCAUUCAACGCAACGCUCUUGCCGGUUCCACACGCUCCUCCUCUAACCCUAAUUCCUCCAAAUCCUCAACCGCAACCGCUCCAACCAAUGGCCCUCCAAACAACACCCACUCGCCUUCCUCCGCCUCUCCUUCUCCUCUGCCAGCCUCCGCCGUCAAGGAUGAACAAAGAGAAGAAGAUAUGGAGUUGGAAAACGUAGAAAACGAUUUCGGUAAUCAGUUUUCUCCAUAUAGACCGGAGCUCCACGAUCAGCAUCAGCCAGACGAUUUCUUCGCAGAUCUUGAAGAGCUAGAAGAAGAUUCUCUAAGCAUGUUUCUUUCUCAAGGCGUCGCCGGCUACGGGAGCAAUAAAACGACGGCGUCCAAUGGGAUCAGCGAUUUCGUCGGUUGGUCUGGGGCAAAUAAUAGUAACGACGACCGAGACUUAAGGUCGUUCUAGAAUAUAGAUAGUGUUAAUUACAGAAUAAUAAGGUUAUUAUUAUAAAUUAUGUUGAGACGAUUAUACAAGUGGAAGGUCAAUAGCUGGCUACUUGACAUACCGUAAAUGGUAUUAUCGUCAUCUGUUAUACAUUUGUUUGUUUGUUUU